CUCAAUCCCUUGGAUAUUUGUUGUUUUUUGCUUUCUUAAGCGCUUUCCCAUUCACAGUCACUAUUUUUCCUUCUUCUCUUUCCUCAUUUUCUUCUCUGAGAGAGCUCUCAGGUGCUUGUUUAGACCAAAUUCUUGCUUUGGGGUUGCUUAUCCGUACGUUGACGAGCUCCAGAUUUGAAUCAGUCUUAAAAUUUCUACUGGGUCGGAGAAAUCAAGGACCCCCACCUUCCCAUUUCAUCACUACCUUUGAAUUAUCUCAUCUUUUACUCCAAACGCUCUUUCCUAGCUCAUCUUUCUUCGUGUUUCAUUACACUUCUAACUACUUUAUAAUGCAGAAUAGUGUUUGGUUUUACUGGGUUUUGGACCCGAUCGGAAAAUCGCCGGCGAUUUGAUGGGAUUGAUUCUGUUAGUGUUUCAGUCUUCUUCGACUCUUAAUGGAGGAGACGAUUCGGUGUAGUCUAUGUACUGCUCGUAAAUUUGAUGCUAAGAUCCGUUUCACCGUUGUUGUAUUUGAGAUUUUGCUUCUUCUGGCUUUGGAUGUUGCAUAUGCAAAAUCUGAAGGUCGCCAGUUAGAAAGGGGAGCUGAAAGCAUUGUUUCACAUUCCUGCAUCCAUGAUCAGAUACUAGAGCAAAAAAGGCGACCUGGGCUCAAGGUAUACUCUGUUACACCCCAAGUUUACCACGUCUCUGGUAAUGCAAAACCCCUUCAUAGAAAGGGCAGAGCAUUGCUUGGAGUUUCAGAAUUAUCGGAUCAGCAAAAGAGUGCAAAACAACCUAUCAGAAUAUAUCUGAAUUAUGAUGCCGUUGGUCAUUCUCCUGAUAGAGAUUGCCAAAAAGUUGGCGACAUUGUGAAGCUUGGAGAACCUCCUGUCACUAGUUCUUUUUUGGGCUCUCCUUCUUGCAAUCCUCAUAAUAACCCUCCAAUUUCGGGUGACUGCUGGUAUAAUUGCACUUUUGAUGAUAUAUCUGGGGAGGACAAAAGGCAUCGACUGCACAAGGCUUUAGGUCAGACAGCAGAUUGGUUUAGAAGGGCAUUAGCCGUUGAACCCGUGAAAGGGAACUUGCGUCUAAGUGGAUAUUCUGCUUGUGGACAGGAUGGAGGUGUGCAACUGCCACGUGAAUAUGUUGAAGAGGGUAUUCCCAAUGCAGAUUUGGUUCUUUUAGUGACCACAAGGCCUACCACUGGGAACACACUUGCCUGGGCUGUUGCAUGUGAACGCGAUCAAUGGGGCCGUGCAAUUGCAGGACAUGUGAAUGUUGCACCUCGGCAUUUGACUGCUGAAGCAGAAACCUUACUAUCAGCUACUCUUAUACAUGAGGUUAUGCACGUUCUUGGUUUUGAUCCACAUGCCUUUGCCCAUUUUAGAGAUGAGAGGAAAAGAAGGCGUAGUCAGGUAACAGAACAGGUCUUGGAUGAAAGACUUGGGCGCACAGUGACUCGUGUGGUGCUACCACGAGUUGUUAUGCAUUCAAGAUAUCAUUAUGGGGCAUUUUCAGAGAAUUUCACAGGUUUAGAGCUUGAAGAUGGAGGAGGACGUGGCACUUCAGGAUCUCACUGGGAGAAAAGGCUUCUGAUGAAUGAAAUUAUGACUGGUUCAGUGGAUACAAGAUCUGUAGUUUCGAAAAUGACGCUGGCUUUAUUGGAAGAUAGUGGAUGGUACCAGGCCAACUAUAGCAUGGCAGAUCGUCUUGAUUGGGGACGCAACCAGGGAAAUGAUUUUGUCACUUCCCCCUGCAAUCUAUGGAAGGGGGCAUACCAUUGCAACACAACACAGUUGUCAGGAUGUACAUAUAAUAGGGAAGCAGAGGGUUACUGUCCAAUUGUUAGCUAUAGCGGGGAUCUUCCUCAGUGGGCUCGAUAUUUUCCCCAACCUAACAAGGGGGGACAAUCAUCAUUGGCCGAUUAUUGUACUUACUUUGUGGCUUACUCGGAUGGGUCGUGCACUGACACCAACAGUGCACGUGCACCUGACAGAAUGUUGGGUGAAGUACGAGGAAGUAACUCAAGGUGCAUGGCCUCAUCACUUGUGAGGACUGGGUUUGUAAGAGGUUCCAUGACCCAAGGAAAUGGUUGUUAUCAGCAUCGGUGCAUUAACAAUUCAUUGGAGGUGGCUGUUGAUGGUAUGUGGAAAGUAUGCCCUGAAGCUGGUGGACCAGUUCAGUUCCCUGGCUUCAAUGGUGAAUUAGUCUGCCCUGCAUAUCAUGAACUUUGUAGCAAAGACUCGGUUUCAGUGCCUGGAAAGUGCCCCAAUACUUGCAAUUUCAAUGGAGAUUGUGUAGGUGGGAAGUGUUUUUGCUUUCUAGGCUAUCAUGGACAUGAUUGUAGCGAACGAUCUUGUCCCAAUAACUGUAGUGGACAUGGAAGGUGUCUUUCUAAUGGACUUUGUGAAUGUGGAAACGGUUACACUGGUAUCGACUGCUCCACGGCUAUUUGUGAUGAGCAAUGUAGCCUCCAUGGUGGUGUAUGUGAUAAUGGCAUUUGCGAGUUCCGUUGUUCGGAUUAUGCUGGCUAUUCAUGUCAGAACAGCUCCAGGCUUCUAUCAAGUCUCUCUGUUUGCAGAAAUGUAUUGCAAAGGGAUAUGACUGGCCAACACUGUGCACCCAGUGAACCGAGUAUACUACAGCAGCUUGAGGAAGUUGUCGUCAUGCCAAAUUACCACCGUUUGUUUCCCGGUGGUGCACGGAAGCUUUUUAACAUCUUUGGUGGUAGCUACUGCGAUGCAGCUGCCAAGCAGUUGGCUUGCUGGAUUUCCAUACAAAAGUGUGAUCAAGAUGGUGACAACAGACUCCGAGUAUGCCAUUCCGCUUGUCAGUCGUACAAUCUAGCUUGUGGGGCAUCGCUCGACUGCUCUGAUCAGACCCUUUUCAGCAGCGAAGAGGAAGGUGAAGGGCAAUGCACUGGGUCCGGUGAGAUCAAAUUGUCGUGGUUUAAUCGAUUGCGGAGUAACUUAUUCGUAAGUAACAGCACCUCGAAAGGAGGAACGUCUGUAAAAUAGUUUCAUUGUAGUAGGGUCUUUUUCCGUUUCCUUCUUUUGAUUUUGUUAUUAUCGCGAUCGGGUUUGUAAUCUUACCAGGGGUCUUAACUUAGGGUAGAGUUGGCUAUGCAAAAAGCCUUAGAUUUAGGUUUUGAGUUUGCUCAACCCAAAAUGAUUUAAGGAAAAAAUUGGGUUGAGAGGUUGCCAAGUUUUAGGCUUUCAAAAAUGAAAGCUAUUUGUAGAGAGAAUUUGUAAGUGUAUGGAAAAAAAAGAAAAAAAGAAAAAGAAAAGAAAAAGUGAAGGUGGGAAAGCUUUGUUGAUGUAUAACAUAAUCUGGCCGAAGGCCCUUGAAGAAAAUUAGAAAGUAAAAAUGAAAAAGAAAAAAAAAGGUUUCUUUUUCCUUA